AUGAGGGUAAAAACACCAGAAGCUAAGAGGAAAAAGUCACCAAAGAAAAGCUCACGUUUAUUUCAAGCGAAACUUAAGCUCCCAAAUGACCCUAAUUCUGGAUUGACGACAUGCAUCGAAUGCCAAAUGACAUACUCUUCGAAUUCAUCGAAGGACAUCUUGGAACACAACAGAUACCAUGAUUUACAUACUAAUGGUAAGAAAUGGUUCCACGGAUGGGGUACAAUUCUUAUGAACUUUGAAAAUAAUAACGCAUUCAUCACACCGCCUUCAACAUCUUCAUCAGAUUGCGAAAAUGGAACCACUAGACGAAUUUACAACGAGUAUAUUGCUGCAAUAUCGCCUGAAAAGCCAAUUGAAGUAAAGCACAUGAUAGAGCUUAUGAACGCAGUCAACAGAGAUUUAUCUGCUCCUGCUGAUAAUGAAUUCUGGUCUGAGGCAGGUUCCAAAAAUCAAGGACGUGCAUUCAUAUAUGUGAAAAACGGUCGGGCAGUAGGUGCCAUAACUAUAGAAUACAUAAAAGAAACCGAUUCUAAAGGACGCUGGAUGCGCUUGAGCAACCGUAAUCUUGUUCCUAAAGUGGUGGCAAAAGUGAAGCUUGGAAUCUCAAGAAUCUGGGUCUGUAAAAGCCAACGACGGAACGGGUUAGCAACAAGGCUUCUCGAGUGUGCAAGAACACACUCCAUCAUCGGAAAUCAAGUUGCAAGAUGGGAAAUGGCAUGGUCGCAACCAAGUGAAAGCGGGAGCUUGCUGGCAAGAAAAUACAACAGUGUUAAACAUAAAAGCGGUGAACUAUUAGUGCCGUGUUAUAUAUAA